AUGGGGAGGGCGCCGUGCUGCGACAAGAACAACGUGAAGAAAGGGCCAUGGUCGCCGGAGGAGGACGCCAAGCUCAAGGAGUUCAUGGACAAGCACGGCACCGGCGGCAACUGGAUCGCCCUCCCGCAGAAAGCAGGGUUGAGAAGAUGUGGCAAAAGUUGUAGGCUUAGAUGGCUAAACUACCUGAGGCCUAACAUUAAGCAUGGGGAGUUCACUGAGCAUGAAGAUAGGGUCAUCUGCAGCAUGUAUGCAAGCAUUGGAAGCAGGUGGUCGAUCAUCGCGUCGCAGCUCCCCGGCCGGACUGACAAUGACAUCAAGAACUACUGGAACACCAAGCUGAAGAAGAAGCUCAUGGGCUCCACCACCAUGGCCGGUGCCGGCCCUCCGCCGCGCGCGCCACGGCAGAACCACCACCAACACCGGCCGGUCCUGCUGCCCUACUCAUCGUCGCCCCACUCCAACUACAGCAACUUCUUCCCCGGCGCCAGGGCCCUCCUCCAGCAGUCCGCGGAACCUCUAACCUUACAACCACAGGACCACUACAUGCUCGGUAGCUCAGGCUCCCUGAAUCCCAUGGCUAACAACAACGGCGCCUCCGCGGUACAGCUACAGAUGCUGCACGCAACGGCGGCCCACCGGCAGCUGCAGGUGAAGGAGGAAUGCGGCAGCGGCGGCGCCAUGAUCGCGUUCGGCUGCGGCGACCAGCAGAGCUGCAGCUCGUCGGACGCGACGCAGUACGCCGGCGGCCAUUACGUGCACGGCGGCCGCCACCACGGGAAGGAGAUGAGCUUCGACAACAACAACGGGUACAGCGCGUACGGAAUGUACGGCGCCGGCGCCGGCGCCGUGGAGCAGGAGCACAAGCUGUCGUUUCAGCUUCAGCACCAGCAGGAGCAGCAGCAGCAGGCGCAGCUGGACUACAGCUACGAGGAGAUCAAGCAGCUGCUCAUGACAGCGGCGGCGAGCGGUGGCGACGGGAGCGGCGGCCUGAUCCACGACCCGGAGCUGAUCGGCGCCCACGCGGCGGCCGCCGCCGGGAAGCUGACGAUGAUGUAA